CUGUGCCGCGUCCCGCCCGCGGGCCCCGUGAGCGCGUGCGCAGUCCGGCCCCCUCGGAAGGCGGCCCGCGAGAGGUGCCCUCCCGCGAGCCCCUCCCCUCCCGGCGAGCAGUGGGGGCGCCCCCGCGGCGGCUUGCGUCGGGCCCCUCGGGCCGCAUAGCGAAGCCAGUGCUCGGCCGAGUCAGAUGUGCGCGGCGCCCGUGCGGAGGGCGGCAUGGCAGCAGCGUCGAACCCGUACAUCGGCACGUCGGCAGUGUCCAGCCUGACGUCGGUGCACCUGCCGCCGAGCCAGGCCAUGCAGGUGGCGGCAUCGCAGCCGACGGCGGGCUACGGCCGCGAGCCGCCCGAGAUGAAGUACAUGCCACCGCAGCCGCACCACCAGGGAGGACCCAACGGACUGUCGAGCCACCACCACCACCAGUGGGUGUCGCUACAGACGGACGCCUCCAUGUGGUCCAUGGCGCCGGCCAGCAUGGCCGACAUCAAGCCCGCGCAGGCGGCCGAGCUUGGCCACCACCACCCGCUGAGCGGAAGCCACCACGCGCGCACCGCCACCGCGCAGCACAUGGGCUCGUGGCACCACGCCGUGUCGCCGCACAUGGGAGCCAUGGGCGGCAUGCACCCUCAGCACCACCAGCACCACCACCACCCGUACGGCGGCAUGAACGGCAUGCUGGGCGGCGCAGCCCACCCGGCCAUGCGAGAAGUCCCUCACGCCGACCAGGUGCCCCCCCACCCGCACAUGCACGGGCAGCACGACCCGCGCGCGCUGGAUCACCACCACCACCGGCACCCCAGCGAAAGCGGCGAGGAGGAGGCGCCUAGUUCGGACGAUUUGGAACAGUUCGCCAAGCAGUUCAAGCAGCGCCGCAUCAAGCUCGGCUUCACGCAGGCCGACGUCGGGCUGGCGCUCGGCACGCUGUACGGGAACGUCUUCAGCCAGACGACCAUCUGCCGAUUCGAGGCGCUGCAGCUGAGCUUCAAGAACAUGUGCAAGUUGAAGCCGCUGCUGGCCAAGUGGCUCGAGGAGGCCGACUCGACCACCGGUUCGCCCACGUCCAUCGACAAGAUCGCCGCCCAGGGACGCAAGCGCAAGAAGCGCACCAGCAUCGAGGUGUCGGUGAAGGGCGCCCUCGAGUCGCACUUCCACAAGCAGCCCAAGCCGUCCGCCCAGGAGAUCGCCUCCCUGGCCGACAGCCUGCAGUUGGAGAAGGAAGUGGUCCGCGUCUGGUUCUGCAACCGGCGGCAGAAGGAGAAGCGGAUGACGCCGCCCAUCAACCAGCCGCAGGCUGGGGCACCCGGCGGCGGACCCCCGACGCCGGACAUGAUGAUGUGCCACGGCGGAUCGCCCGGAGACAUGCACCACCACUCGCCGCCGGCCAUGAUGCAGUCGCCGCCGCCGCCACCCCCGCCCCCGCACUCCGCGCUGCACCCGGGUCAGUCGCUGGCGGCCCACUGACCCACGCUGUACCCCUGCCUAUUCAGCUGCGACGACGCCUAGCCGUUCGCCGGUCUGCAGGACAGGGGUGCGCGAGUGCCGCCACACCCGCCGCGUACAAAAAAGUGCAAUCCCCCCCUCACCCUCAUCACGACGUGGCUGUGGUGGUGAUGGUGGGUGCCGCCGGUGUUGUGUGGCCGGACGGGGUGGUCGCCCCGAUGUUUGUACAUAUGACGCCGUAUGCAGGGCGACGGACGAUUAUUCUGCAAGGGGCCUUCUCCCGUCAUCGGACCCAGAUGCCUCGUUUCCUCCAGAGUGCUGGUGGUCGGUGCCGUAUGUGUACGUACACCGUGAAUGACGUGCGCGGUCCUGUUCUUCGCACCACUCUGUGAGCGAACCGGAGGCGACAAACACACACAGCAGGAAAGCAAAAAAACAAAACAAGGUGCCAACCAACGACUCUGCCGACGGUCGCGACGUUCCUGCUGCACGAAGAAGCGCGUUGUCGUUGGCCUUCACUUCGGUUUUUGCAGCGAUAUGUGACGCCGUGACAACAGCCUGUACACACACACAGCACACGCACUAUACAUGGACGACACCCCACGACACUCACAUACACGACUCGCGUUUUCACACGUUUUUUUGUUGUUACGCGCAUUUCUCCCCUCGACACCAACAAAUGAGACGGAGACAGGCAUGCCCAACUAGUCCAGGUAGGCAGACAUCACUUCUCUCGCUCACCUCGCCGUGUCUGUUUUUUUUUUUGUUUUUUACCUAUGUGACUAUUCCUGUACAAGCCUGGUACUCUUUCUUUAUCUAUGUUUUUUUUUUACUGGUCAUUUCGCUGACAGAUUGUUUUAUUCCUUAACGAACGUUCAUUACUAUUGGAGUUUUUUUCUUUUCAUUUCACCGUGUUCUAAAUUUACUGCCAUUUGUUUUUCUUUAACCUUUUUUCUAAAAAAAAAAUUUUUUUCGCGGACUGUCCUGCUCGAUAUAUGAGUCUCUUUGCAGUUGCUGCUCAAAAUUCGACAGUCGCACGAGUGAAAAAAACGCGAGGCUUCUGUAAGGCUCGAUGACAUAAUGUUAAACAAGAAAAAAAAAAUGCCGCUGUACUCUUGCAAUUUUCUUUUAGACAAGUAAAAUGACCUUGACGAGAGCGGUUAAAAGAAAAAAAAAAUCUCUGUGGUCAAUUGGAAAAGGUGCCUCGUAGCAAUAUCAAAAACUUCGACUGACCACCGCUGUUGACCAACACAGCAGAACAAGUGUUCGCAUCCCGGUAAUUCGUACCUUUCGUAAAAUCAGAUACAACCCGUUUACUGUAGACGCGUGUCACCAAAUCGUGCCAGGAACUUCCGAGAGGACUCGCCUAUACGAAGGCAGGACAGUCCGCGUUUUCGUUAAUUUCUUCAUUGUCUUUGCCUCGCGGGUGGGUGACACCCGCGCGAGCAGUCCACCACCGAUCGUUCCCAAACGUGCUGGGAUAUGCGAUCGUAAACUGUCUUUCACAAGCGAGACGUUAAUAUACCUCAAAAAAUACCACUUCGCCUGCUGCUCCCCGUCUGUGUGUAAAACAGCAUUUUGUUUUCUUAAUUCGUUCAGUGAUUUUUUGUUCCGCGGUGUUCCGAUUACGUAUGUGUGGCGUGUCUGCGUAUACAGUGUGUGUCGUUUCCUCACAUUGUGUUUUAAAGUGUAUAACUCUGUACGGCUGUUCUAUCUCUCCCAUCUUUUCACUUUAUGUUUUUGUUGACUCGUUCUGAAAGAUUUUUUAUUUUUUUUCCGUAAUGAAUGGUGCAUUGUGUGUCGGGCUAUAUAAAUAUAUAUAUAAAGUUCUUACUCGGCUUUGUGCCGAUCUCCAAGAGUGCAGAGCUAGAACAUGUGAAUUCCGUCGGCGUGUUCUUUUCACGAAAAAAAACCUUUUUUUCGCGAAACACGGCGGGAGCAUCGUUGAAGCAAGUUUGCGCGCUGAUAUAGAAAAAAAAAAAAAAAGACGAAAUCGUUACACACAAAAAAGACCUUGAGCAUAGUAUGAGGACAGCAAUAAACGCGUCGACUGUUGUACGCACUUAAUUAGGGAGCGUGUUUCUAUUUGUUUUAAUUUUACGCGCCCGGAUAAAAACGAGAAACAAAAAAGUUACGCACUCGCCUGGUCUUUCUCCAGCAUUUCAUACGCGCAAAAGCCGGGGAAAUAAUUGUGCCGCGCCGAUCGCUUAUAAUCGGCGAUGGCAUUUCGCGAUUAUGGCACUCGCGGCGUUCGCCCCGCGCGUGCUAUUUUGUAGAGGCGAUAUAGAUACAUAGAGAAGAGCUCUAUGGCAGUUGCGAUAGCGAGACAAUGGCCUCGGAAGUCUCGAACAGAAAGUUGACCUUUUCGUUAGCGUCACUUUCGGGCGCGUUGAUCGGCAUUCUUUUUUAUAUACAGAGCGCACGAAAGUGGAGCGACACAGGCGCACCAGGUUAAAUUGUGUGUGUGCGCGUUGGCGCGGAGUUUGUUUUUCGCUUUCUGACAGCGCCUCUUUGAGAAUGUAUGCUGCAUCGCAAGGUUCCUCGGCAUUCCGUAUUAGUAUACUAUCACGAGCUUCCGCGGCAGCACUCGCUAAAAGAAUUUUUGCCCCGUAAAUCACUGAUCCUUAAGUUCCGGACGAUCCGUUUCGAAACGUCACUAUAGUGAUAGGCUGCACCGGUUUAUCCUUGCGCUGCAUAGUGGUGAUAAUUAGACGUGGAGGAACGAAAAAAAAGAAAGAAAGCAAAACGACUGAGUAACGAAAACAUUGAAUGAGUACGUAUACGACGUUAAAAUGUCGUCUAUCUUAUAACGCGUGCUGACGGAGGCAGACACGCGUCAGUGCAUAGUUUAAUGCAGAUUUUUAAAAUUAUUUUUUUUGCUUUCUCUCUCGUUGUCACGGCCCCAAAUGUUCGUGCCUCCGAUAGCUUAAAAGAAAAAGAAAGAAACAGAAAGCUAGAAAGAGAAGCGUGUGUGAUUUAUCACCAACUAGCGUCGCUUUUGUGCGCGUUCUCUGCGGAGAAUAGAGGGCGUGAAAAAUUAAACAAAAAUGAAAGCGGACUAAACUAAAGUUUAACAAAAGGAGUUUCGAAAUCUCCGGAUUCCUAAAGCUGCUUCUCCCCGGCGGUGACGAACGAACGUGUGCGGUAUCACGCCGUUUAGCAACCGCGCGGGCGACAGCCGUGACGACCGAAUAAUCGAAAAAGUAAAACACACAAAAAAAAACAAAAAAGAAAAAAAAACAGCAGCAACAACAGGCUGUAGCUGUACGGAGGAGAAUCGACGAUUUUGAAAGCGUUGCUACGACAGCGUCGACUUUCAGCUUUUUCUUUCCUUCGAUAUUUUGUUUCAAGCGAAGAUUCGCGAGGUGGUUUAGCUGUCGGCACCUGACUUUAUAUUUAUUUUUUUUUUUUUUUUGCUUCUUCGUCAACUUCGCAGUCGCGCGCACACACUGUCUCGCGCGUGCCCUGUAAAGCAUCUCAGCUCCCGGUGUGCACUAUUCCUGCUAGCAGCAGCAUAAGCAUGAAGUCUUUCGCAAUCAAAUCGUGGGUGAAACAUCUGCAGUAUAGAAAGCUUGGUAUAUAUUUGCCCUGCGGGCUGCCGGCGUUUAAAACGCAUGUGUGUAGGCAUGUGAGAAAUGACAUAAAAAAGAAAGAAAGAGAAAAACAGAAUAUCGACGAAAAUGUUUCUGAACUUAAGUGCUCUUCUAAGAAACUCUCCAAGCUCGCAGCGGCUGGCUGUGACGUUAGGGGCCUCGCAUUGCAGCAAUGCCAUAGUGAAAGGUCGCCACGGGCCCAUAUAGAGAAGCUAGAAAGCAGCUUCAGAGGUUCACAUGCAUCGACGAUAUAUACCGAAAACAUGACGGAAUAUGUGUAAAAAAAAAAAAAAGAAGACAGCGAGGUUACUCACAAGAAAUCUUCGGUAUGCUACUUUGUGUUUAGGAAGUGGAAAGAGUCUGUGAAGACACGACAAGCUCAUUAAGGCUAUUGACAAAUACCAAAUAAUACACGAAAAAAUUUUCGAUGUUAGCUGCGAAGCUUAAAUGUGGAUACAUCUACAUGGACGAAUUAAGCUUAAGAAAGGAAGAUCGUUACAAAAUAUCGAGGCGUUUGAAGAGUUUGCUUGCGUCUAAAUUGAAGAGAGCGCCGUGCUAGUAACCCUAUUUCAAAAUGACCGUCGACGUUCGGUCAUUUAUACUGGCGCAUGCGUCAGCACCAGACCGUUAAUUGCUGUCCUAUACAUUCUUGCUUCAUUCAUCUUAACUCGCGACGAACAGUUUUUUAGCAGAGAACCGGGGAAGCCUAAGCACUCGCGCUUUUCUUUUUUUCUUUAUCUAUUAUAGUUGAUUUCGCGAAGCGAACGUGGUAUCCAGUUUGGGCGAUAAAACUGGUGAACGUGCGAACGCGGUAUAUGUGCGCGUAAAGUGCGUAAAAGGCGUACGUGCGUCGCCGCGGCUUACCCCUGCGUGUCUAAUUACUCGAGUUGCGAUGAAAUUGGCCUCGAAUUUGAAUGAAUAAUUGUCGAUAACAACAACACAACAAAAAACAAAAAAGUGACGUGGUAUGCGCAAGACUGAUGAGUCCACAACCCAUUCAGCGACGUUUCCGACGGCUCCUAAUUUAUGCAGCGACUCUUCGUUCGUUAUUUAUAUUGUGUGUGCAGCGUGGCAGGGACAUAUAUGCCGGAAUAGUUGAGAAUUCUUUGUGAGGGCAUUAAAUUGGCUAAAUUAUGAAAAAAAAGGUAAACAAAGAAAUAAAAGCAGUCGUGCCUUUAUGGCUGUUGUCUCCAUAUUGUUUACGUCUCAUCCAUUGACCUUACGACGGAGACGUUCUGAACAAAAAAAUAGGAGAUCGUUUUAAAUGGAGGAAGUAAAUUAUGCACGCUCCGAGCGUUGCGAAAUCUGAAAUUUUGUUGAAAGGCAUAUGUAAACGAGGAGAAAAAAAAUUAACAUACACAAAUAUGCGACGUCUGUGUAACACUUCGCUCCGUUAAAGCGACAUUAUUUUCGCUCUCCUGGCUGUGCGGGUCAGCCGCAGGACACGAGGUUGCCGGUUCGAUUCCAUUUUGUGAAGGAAUGCCAGAGAUAGAAAUGAACGCUCGCGUGCCGUUCAGUUCGGAUGCUCAUUUAAAACCGCAACUUGGUCAAUCAGGACGCUAAACCUCGCAAUCUAAUUUCAUUUCUUUUCACCCUGUCAAUUUAUCAAUUCUGCGCGUCAUGAACCGUCAGUAUGUAUCAAUGCGCCGAGCCAUUUCAUUCAUUACUGAAUCGUGUGGCUGUAUACGCAGAUUUCUAUGCAUGCAUAGUCGGGUUCGAAGGAAACUUGCAUAAAUUACGAACGUUACACGAGUGACAGUGAAACUAAGAGUUUCUAAUGUGAAUUGUAACGUGAACAACGAUUGCUCCCGCCUUAGAAACAGCAAUAAAUGGGCGCUCCAAAAUUACUUUAUAAACGUAUAAGUUAACAAACGUUGACGUCUCUUUAUUUUGCUUUCUGUGUUUUAUGAAAGAACUGCUUUUUAUGAGGAAAUCGUAGAAGUAUUGGAAUAUCAGUUCUGUGGAAACUGUUCUGGAUGUUGCAUCUCGCUAAAAUUAAGCGACGGCGUUGGGAAGCACGCAUUGACUUUUUCAAAUUUUUACAAUUGAUAGAUGAUCUUCAAAAGAUGGAAAAAAAUAAACAGGACUGAAAGGUGUCGAGGUGUAGGUUAUUACGGACAUCCUUACUAUAGGAAUGCGGACACUUACACAGAGAGUCUUGAGGAAAUAGCUUUCUUCGUAUUCGCAUCCUCCACUUUCAAUAUUCCGUUCGGCUUUACUACGCACCAUGGUUGGGGAUUAUACAGGAUAGCUUUUGUACAUUUCUGCAGGACCAGUGUGGCUGCGAUCUUUUUUUUUCUUCUCUCACUUAAAGGAUACGCAUACUGUCACCUCCCACCUAAACAUCACCGGACACACAGAAAAAGAAACAGAGGGAAACAUUCCUUUCUGCCUCUUCUGUACAGUUGCGAGUAUAAGAUAAAUGUGUGUGUGUACAGAUUCACUUUGCAUUCAGGGAAAUACGUUCGCACAGGAAAAAAAAUAGCGAUGCAGGACUGUUCCUCCUUCGUGCUCAGGCACGAUUAACGACGCACUCAAACUAUCGCUAUUAGGAAAGAAAAAAAAAGAAGCAAAUAAGUACACGUGUUUUUUUUUUCUCGGCAACGAGUUGUUUUCGACGUCCGUUUCGCUGGUAUGUAGUGUUUCGCAUCAGUCCAUGCACGUCCUCUUGAUUCUGUUCUAUCUUUCAUCCUUCUCUCUCUUUUACGUUAGCCUUUGUCCUUCGUCCUGUAAGACGUCCUUCGUUUGACGCGUGAUUCGAAAGCUCGAGCUAUCCUUGUUGACGCCUGACGUUCGCAAGUUUUCCAGGAGCGAGCGGCCCCGAAGCGGUAACCACAUGAAGCGUAUUUCGCGCGCCAGCGCGCGUCUGUUUAGCGUCGCGCUGUAAUUACGUCCUAUUCACGGCUGAAUAUUGUUUCUUAAUGAUUGUCCCACUUAAAUUCGUAGCCAUACGGUAUUCGUUUGUGUCACCAUCAAGCAGAUUUGCAGGGUGAGCGGCGACGUUCCGCCGUCAAUACGCGAGAAAUGCGCAUCAUGUGGUUCGCAGAUAUUGGACGACGCUUAACUGUAGGUUAAGUGGAUACAGUACAUACAAUGGCUACAGAUAGCUGGUAAUGAUUUGAACAAUCGGCUAGUACUAUAGUUAAAAAAAGUGUUAAUGACGACUGGAACUCGUAGCAGGGAUGUAUUUAAGUAUGAAGACGAGAAACUAUAUGAUGAAAACUAACCUGCGUUCCCCUCCCUUCGUACUUGACUGUGCAAAGUUCCCGAAUUCAUUUGUUUUCCAUUCAAAUCUGUUCGCUCUUUUGUGUUUCUUUGUCUUUGACUUUUCACUGCGAGUCAAAUGUCUCAGUGUCGAAACACCAACCGUCCCUUGAGCGUUGCCAUUAAGCCAACGUGUUAGUCUACAGUGCUUUGAUCAAUAAGGUUCCUUUUGUUAGACUGCAUUGUUAUCUCCCCGCGAGGUGUCGCAAUGUCGCUUGACGUGGCGCCGUCUUGUGCUCGUCGCUGUCCCCAGCCGAGCGAGGUUCUGCAGGUCGCAAGGAUGCGCGUGCAUCGUUCAUGGUUACAAAAUACCAGCCAGGCAGAAUUAUUCUAAACGAUUAUGCUCCCUAUUAUAACUGAGAUUGACGGUAAUGUAAUGAAGGUUAAGCGGAAGAAAUACCGACGCAUAUCUCUCGCCAUGCGUUCAUUUGCAAUUCACCCAGUUCGCGGAAUCUCGUUCUGGAAUCACAAAUGGCAUACUUUGGUGUUUGCCUAAUGACUGCGUGCGAUGCUAUUUUAACAAGAGCUCCGGCGGCUCCUCGUUGCACGUGCGCUCCUAAAGUGGCAUUGCGACACACCGCAAAAUGUAGUCUUUAUUUGUUGCUCUGCACCAUUGUGCAUGUGGCUUAUUUUUUGCGUCUUGUUCCGAGAAAGAAGAGAAAGUUAUAUGCGUCAGCUAUCUAAUACCUCUUUUUCUUUGGAAAGACGGGGCGCAGAAAUAUGUGCGGAGGUCUUAAAGAAGGAUGAUGUAAACUUAAGAAGCUUUCAAAAAGGUGGCACUGUCUGGGUAACACAGGAGCGUCAGCUACGAAGCAGCAGAAGUGUAUAUUUGCUUAUUUAAUCUUGAAAGAAGCAUUUGGUACCACCGAUGGUGCGGUGCUCGUGUGUUUGUAGCUAUAUACUUCGCCAGGUACAAAAUUUUUUUCAGCACGUACGUCAUAGUUGCAUUCGGCAACGUAGCGAAAGAGCAUUGGCAACGCGCAGUGGCUUGUUUAUAGAUACAUCUAUGAUGGAUUCAACGCCGUCUUUUGACACUUGCAUCCAGUAAAACACGCAGCAGGCACUGCCGAGAUUGAGGCGUCAAGUCAAACUACGUCUUGUUUUCCGGGAAUUUCGAAAAUGAAUUACUUUCAUUCCAAUUAUUUUCUAUUGAGCCCAGUACUCGUCGCAAUUCAUUAUAGCGUAAACGACUACGUACGUUUAUACACAGUAAUAAUGAACAAUGUCUAUCUCCUUCCAUUAAGUAGCUGGAACAAUUCCGAAGCAGCUCCGAGCAGUAAAACGAGGUAAUUUUAAGCAUGCUUUUCCGACGCUGCGACAAAAUAGUUGAGUCAUCGCCUGGCUGGUUAAGCCUUAAUAUUUUUAGCGGAACAAUGAGCAAUGGGUGCACUGAGCACAUGUCAUAACCGCGCGGCUGACGUUGCUUACGUGAAGAUUGAGUGUUACGCGCAUGCGUGUUGGAGCAUUUCCUUUCUCCUUUCAAAUUCAGUGAGAGUUUUCCAGGUGCACUACGAAUACCGUGCUUUUCAUUGAACGUUUUCUGUCUAACGUGACCGUGAUCGUCUCAGCUCUUGCGAGCUGCCGCACAUAAUUCUCCUCGCUCCUUCUUUCUUUGUAAUGUCUUGCUGCGUCUUCACUGCUCCUGCUUAGGAGUUGAGAGCACGUGUUUUAUAGAGAGCUGGUGCUUUUGCUCCGGUGACUUUUAGCUGAACACGCAAUUGACCGCUCGUGUGUUUUUUUUCCCCUCAGACUGCAUUAUUUGUGUGCAUUCUUUUUAUGUUUCUUACCUAAUUUGAUGUUCUUGUUUAGUAUGAUCAUUAUUAAACCUUCGUAUACGCGUUGUCUCUUCAUGUAUUGUACGCUCCCGCGUCACAUGUUUUUUUGUUUCUCGCUCCAUGCUUACCGCUACAUUCCAGGAGAGAUAGAUACACAAACUAUAGGUAAAUGAACUGGUGUUUGUUUACAUGUAAGAGAGAGAGCGCGAACAGUGGAGAGAAAAAAAGAAAGAAUAACAGAGAAGAAGAAAACUAUUUCCCCAUUCGAGAACGGCCGUGUUCCGUGUCUCGAUCGAGUCAUUGAAAUUUCUUCGUUCGUUUGUUUGUUUGUUUCGCUUGUGUACAUAGAAUCGCCUGAACCUGAAAAAGAAAAACAUGCGUGUGUAUGUGCGUGUGUGCUUAACUAUGUCGCGACAUGACGCGUGUGCGUGCGUGCGAAAAAAAACGAAGAGCGACGAAAGACGACGAUGUGAUGAUCAUGCUUGACGUGUGGUGCGCGUGGAACUAUAGUGAAAAUGACGGGCGGCUUAAUUUUUUUUAUUUGAUUUUUUUUGCCUCGACAUACACGCACUGACGAUGGAUGUACAUAGAAAAACACAAGAGACUGCGAGAGAUAUUGGUGUAUGUGUGUAUACUAUAUAGAUAUAUAUAGUUGUCUAUGACCAAUCCAUUUUUUUUUUAAAUUUUCGCCGCUGUGGAUGGUCAGUGGUCGCGUUUGCUGUGUGAUUGUGUGUGUAGUGCAUCGCUUUCCUCUUUACGUCUAUAACGAACUCACUCAGCCUCUCCAUUUCCCAGCGUUAUUUUUUUUUUGUCUGUGACGCCACCUGUUGGCGCGAGGCUUAAAACGCGUACCUAAAACACCCUCGGUGAACACUUGACCGUCAGGUUGAAGUUCCAGCCUCCACGGAACCUUUCGAUUCUCUCCUUGUUCCUGUCUUUUCUUCCUUAGGGUUUCUUCUUUUUUUUUUGUUUUUUUCGUUUUCAAAUGAGCGAACGAUGUAAGAAAUGAUGUGAACAGAAGAGUGAUGAUUAUAUGCGGACAUUUUUAUGAUGGACACAGUUCGUAUACAUAAAUAUAUUUGUGCCUGUAAAAAGCAAACAAA